CUUCCCUUCACCGUCAUGAAACGAGGUUUUCUCAACUCUCGGGCGGCGAAAGAAAAGCCUAUUGGUGCUCCUCCUGUUGCCGCUGUCAACUCCAAGGAUGUUGUUAAUGAAGCGUCGUCCCGCGUGGUACUAGAUGAAUCAGCGUUCAAAUCCACCAUAGACCUCAUGAGAAACCAGCUGAGCCGCCGGUGCAAAUCUGAUCAGAAUAGUAAAGCCCUGCAACGCAUCCUAUACAUCUAUAGAGCGGUUCCUAAUUUCGCUGACGAGCCGGAGCAAAACACGCAGUGUCUUUGGUAUCCAGAGACCUACGAGUUAUUGUCCAAGACUCCCGGUUUCCCUCAACGACUUCCACCGGCUGCUUCUCCUCCUGCCUUUCGUGUUGCCCCAUCUCCCGGAAAGGGUAUGGGCCUGUUCAGUACUCGCAAGAUCACACAAGGCGAAAUGAUCUUCUCUGAGCGCCCACUCCUUCUCCAACCCGCACCCACCAUGGUCAUCACUCCCAACGGACUUGAUGCUGCCGAGGAGGCCAAGUGGAGGUUGAACGAACAAGAGCGCUACGCGGCGAAGUGUGUGCAGCGUAUGACUCCUCAUCAGCAGGCAGCAUUCAUGGGUCUCCACAACUUCAACCCAAACGACAGGACGGGUCCGAUUUUUGGCAGGAUACGGACCAAUGGCAUCGGUCUCUAUGGUCUCGAGUCGGGGAUCGAAGGCGACAAAGGAGUCUAUGCAGCUGUUUGCGAUAACAUUUCGCGUCUGAAUCAUAGUUGCUCUCCGAACACGUGUCCGCGCUUCGAUCGUGCAUCGUUUUCAUAUUGGCUCUAUGCAGUGCGGGACAUUGCGGAAGGCGAAGAGCUCACUUAUCAGUACAGCGAUGUCUUGGUCAGCAAGGUCGAGCGAAACGAAGAGACGGAGAAGUAUGGUUUCGCCUGCAUGUGUGCUGCUUGCAAGGAACCAACCGCGGAGAGCGAUAAGCGUCGUUCCGAGAUUGCCGCCUCAGUGCCAUCUGUCCUGACUUGGGCGAUGGAUUGGGGGUUGCCAGACGACUGGCUAAUCAAGAAGGCUAUCCGGCUACUCGUUCUCCUCCAAAAGGAAAAUAUACAGCAUGUGGAAGCCUAUAGCACCGCUACCCAUGCAAUUCUGGAGGCGUAUAUCUGUUUGGGAGACAGCAAAAACGCAAGCAAAUGGGCGGCGCGGGCCAUUCAACAGACUUGGUCAGAACUCUACCACGAGAGGCUUCAGGAGCUGUUGGACCCGCAGAGCCAAGCGUACGAGGGGCACGUUCUUUGGCGGAUGAGAGUCGACAAGAGUCCGAGGAAUGAGGUUUUCAAGGCAAUGGGGACGGUAUGUCGCCCUGAAGGGAUUGGGAUUCUUGAUGGAGGCCGAAAAUUGACUUUCACCGCCGACGAAGGUGUUCUGCCGGGGACAUUGGAAAAGGUCCUCGCUACCGUGGCUCCCGCUAUGAACGAUGCCAAGUUCAAGCAACUAGCGACGGGUUAA